AUGUCGUGGAUUCGGUCGAAUCUGGCCAAGGUGGGGACAUUUGCGGGGUCCGUGGUGCAGAAGGCCGGAGAUGCCGUGGAGCGAGGCGCCAAGAUGGUGUACGAGCAGGCGGAGAGCGCUGUGGUGGGUCGGCCACACAACAGCUUCCGCCAUGCGGUGCGGCGGAUAGAGGAGGUGGCGACAUUCGCACGCGGCAGCGAGCGCAAGGAGGCUCUGGCGCGCUGGCUUGCUGCGCUCUCAGACAUCCAGCAGGAGAACGACCGCCUUCAGGCGCAUUUCCAGAGGCGGAAGAAGCGGCAGGAGAAGGGGGAGAAGGGGGAGCGGAAGACGCAGGAAGAGAACAAGCAGGAGGAGGUGACAGUGGAGUCUGCUGCUAGUGCUGAUGGUUCCGCUGCUACCGGGGCUGCUGGGGCUGCAGCUGAGGCUGACGCCAGUGAUGCUGGUGCUGCUGGUGCUGCUGUGAGCUCAGAUCGAACGGAUGGAUUAGGAGCGGAGGGGGUAGUGGCUGACAGAGCUGGUGACGAAGGCAAGGAUGGUGCUAGUGUUACAGAGGGUAACCAGGCCAAAGAUGGGGAAGGAGAAGGUGUGGGGGCACGAUUGUCACAGGUGCAGACAGAUGGAGCUGAGGGGAAGACGGAGUCAGUAGCAGCAGAAGCAGACUCAGAAUCAAAGGAUGGGGUUGUUGGAGAUGGAGAGAAAACAGGAGCAGAAGCAGGUAGCAAGUCAGCAGAAGCGGGUGAUAUUGCAGCAGCAGGAGAAGAAGCGGAGGAGGUGGCAUCAGUAGGGGAUGGAUCGUCGCAAGAUGAGGCAGCUCCGUCGCUGUCAAAGUCAGCAUCAACUGGACGGGCUUCCAUGGUUCUUUUCUAUGAUCCAGACGCGGGCAACGAGGCCCUCAACUUCCGGGACGUGUUUCUGCGCUCCAGCGCGCUGGAGCUCAUAGUGGCAUCGAUGGUGGUGGCGCCGGGGGAUGAGGACGAGAUGGCGCUGCUGAGAGGGCUGUUUGACCUCUGCCUGAACCUCUCCACAACCCAGUGCAAUGAUCUGCUCGCUGCCCUCCAGUCACUGGGCUCCUCCCUUUCUGCUUACUCCGAACUCAAGUUGCCAAGUGAUGACUUGGCCACGAUGGUGGCAGAAGCAAUCACAGGGCUGAAGGUCAACCCCGAGAUUGAAAGGGUCGACCUGGAGUCGUGUCGCCUGCAGCAGCUUAUUGCUGAGGCUGCCUCUGUAGCCGCCUCUGUGCCUGCAGCACACCAGCGUUCUGCCUCCUUCGUUGCUGCCUUCGACCUUGACGAUCUUGCUACCGACGCUACUUCUGCCGGUGCUGUUGCGUCUGAUGCUGCUGAUGCUGCUGAUGCUACCAGUGGUGCAGUUUCUACCGGCAGUCGUGGUGGUGAUGAUGAUGGUGGUGGGGGUGGGGGUGCUGAUGGUGGUGACACUGCUAGCAGUGGUCAAGCCUCGACUGAAACUGCUGCUGCCGGCAGCGCUGCCUCCUCUUCCGGGCCUGCUGCACCUGCCGAAGCUGAUGGAGCCGCCGCCGCACCUGCCGCCACCGCCGAACCUACCGAUAUUCAAUCAGAACCAGCAGCAAAAGCAGCAGCCAGCCCACCACCGCACACAAUAUCUAGCCCACCACCACACACGCGCGACGCCGUAACGCACGUGAACGAGGUGGUAACUGCACGGUCGCGCGACGCGCUUCGCCUAGGCCUGCGCCUGCUGGCCUUAGAAAAGAAGAAAGAAGCCCUGCUGCAGCUGGGGGACACGCCGGGGGACAGGGCGCUGAAGGUGGAGCGGGUGAGCUGUCUGGCCGCGGAGCUGAGUGAGAGCAUGGAGGGGCUCAGGCGGAAGGCUGAGGAGUGCCGCCAGCAGCGCCAGGAGGCUCUGGCGUACCGCAGCAGCAAGGCCCAGGAGUCCCGCGAGGCCGAGAAGGCCCAGCAGCAGGUGCAGGCACGCAAGGAGGAGCUGGAAGUGGCGCUGAGCCGGGUGCAGGCGGCUCUGCUUCCUUCCCUGUUUUUUCUCAUUGCCCUGCUUACUCCCCCAUGCUCCUACCACACACACCAACCUCCAGGGACUCUCUCGGAGGCACAGCAGGUGCAGAAGCGAAAGGAGGAGCUGAUGCGGGUGCAGGUGGCUCUAUUUCCUCUUCUGUUCCUAUCUUCCUGCUUAUCCGUCCUCCUGGCAGAGGCUCAGCAGGUGCAGAAGCGAAAGGAGGAGCCGAGGCGGGUGCAAGCGGCACUGCUUCCUUCCCUGUUCUCAUUGUCCUGCUUUCUCCCUGAUACCCCAUACACACUCACACCCCAGGUCCUCCUAGCUGAAGCCCAGCAGGUGCAGAAGCGAAAGGAGGAGCUGGAGGAGGAGCUGAGGCGGGUGCAGGCUGCGCUGGACGGCGUGAAUCGGCGGCUAGUGAAGCUGGAAGAGGAGAAGGAGCUUUUUUCGCAGGCCAGCACUGGGAUCGAGACUCAUCUAUCUUCAGAGGUGAGCACAGCUGCUUUAAAGCCCCAGAGGAAUCUCUCACGCACUCCCUCUCUGAACACGAGGAGGACGCCAAGGCUCUGGCAGGGUGGAAGCAGUUUCUGCAGCAGUCAUGCAUAUCUCUCGUUCCACACACCCCUAUCUAAACAACAGGAGGAAUCGCUCACGCACUCCCUCUCUGAACACGAGGAGGACGCCAAGGCUCUGGCAGGGUGGAAGGAAUUCCUGCAGCAGUCGUGGCAGCUGCAGCAGGCGAGCAUGGAGGGCAAGGAGAGGCGGAUGAGGGAGGAGAAGAGUGACCGCAAGAGCCGGUUCUGGGAGAUGGCUCAGGGGCACGUGCGGCUGUGUCAGUCGGAGUUGGAAGCCUUUGGGCAGUCGGCCAAGUCCAUAGUGGAGCGGCUCGAUGGUAUCAGAGCCAAGAGGGAACAAGCGGAGAAGGAGGGGAAGGAUGGGGCAGUGUCAGAUAGCAAGCACAGGCGGCUGCAGUGGGAGGAACGAUACAUGGCAGCUGAGAUACAGUCGACUCAAAAGUUCCCUCCAGGUAAUGCUUCUCCUGACCAACUGCUCCUCUCCUCGUUGACUUUUGAGUCGACUCAAAAGUUCCCUCCAGGUAAUGCUUCUCCUGACCAACUGCUCCUCUCCUCGUUGACUUUUGAGUCGACUCAAAAGUUCCCUCCAGCAGCUGCAGGGGCAGGUGGGGCGGCGCCAACAGGGACAGAGGAAAAUGUCCCCCCUACCCCGUUUGUCAUUUCGGGCGGGAUCCGUCGUCCUGUAGCGCCUGGGUUCAAGGAUAAGCAAGGCAAGUCAAAGCUGCCGCCCACGGGUGGAAGUGGUUCAGUGCAGAGCAAGCAGGUGGAGGAGAGCACAGGAGGCAGGGAGAGCAUGGGUGAAGAGAAGGGGGAGGAAGGCGGGUCUGAUGCUGCAGCUGAAGCAUUUCGCCAAAUCGCCCACCCGUCUCCCUUUUCGUCGCGCGUCACGUCGCCAUCUCGUCGCCCGUCCCGUCACCCUCUUCGUCGCCCUCUCUCCCCUCCUCUCCUCCCGUCGGCCUCUCUCUCGCCCCUCCCUACCGAUCGCCCUCCCGUCGCUCGCCCCGUCGGGCUCUCUCUCUCCGCUCCCUUCCCGUCGCCCUCUCUCUCGCCCCUCCCUUCCCGUCGCACUCUCUCUCUCCGCGCCCUUCCCGUCGCCCUCUCUCUCGCCCCUCCCUUCCCAUCGCUCUCUCUCUCUCCGCUCCGCCCUCUCUCUCGCUCCUCCUUCGAAUCGCGCUCUCUCUCCGCUCCCUUCCCGUCGGCCUCUCUCUCCACUCCCUUCCCGUCGCACUCUCUCUCUCCGCUCCCUUCCCCUCGCCCUCUCUCUCGCCCCUCCCUUCCCGUCGCGCUCUCUCGCUCCGCUCCCUUCCCGUCGCCCUCUCUCUCGCCCCUCCCUUCCCGUCGCACUCUCUCUCUCCGCUCCCUUCCCAUCGCCCUCUCUCUCGCCCCUCCCUUCCCGUCGCGAUCUCUCUCUCCGCUCCCUUCUCGUCGCCCUCUCUCUCGCCCCUCCUACCCGUCGCGCUCUCUCUCUCCGCGCCCUUUCCGUCGCCCUCUCUCUCGCCCCUCCCUUCCCAUCGCGUUCUCUCUCUCCGCUCCGCCCUCUCUCUCGCUCCUCCCUUCGAAUCGCGCUCUCUCUCCGCUCCCUUCCCGUCGCGCUCUCUCUCUCCGCUCCCUUCCCAUUCCCCUCUCUCUUUCUGCUCCCUUCCCAUCCUCCCUUCUCGCUCGCCUCGAAUAG